GCAACCGCAGCGAACGCAGCCACCCCAACUGCCGCGCAUUAUGCAAAGCCGCAGCAGAUGUCAGCGGGGCCAGCCUGGUGCUUGUUGGCCUCUUCUCCCAGCGACUCGCCCAGCUGCCUGACGUGCCCUGGAGCCUGCGUACAGGAGGUGCAGCGGCGCAGCGCGAGAUUGCAACAUGGGGAACCAGGAUGGGAAGCGCAGGUGAUGCCUUACACGAAGGCUGUGGCUGCGGCGCCAAGGAUGCUGUGGGGCCCAGGGAUGUGGAAGCCACAAAGAUGGGGACUGGACAAGAAGCCGCUGGGCAGACACAACAAGGGGGGAGGGGGUAGCGGCGGGGAACCCGGCAAAAAGAAGAGCAAGUCCGACUCCAGAGCCUGGUGUUUUCCAGCCUGCGAAUUAGGAAGAACCUCUCCAAGGGGAAAGGUUCUGGCGGCUCCCGCGAGGAUGUGCUGGACUCCCAGACCCUGCAGACGGGAAACAGGACAGCGCUUAUUCCCUGGUCACCAAGACCCAGGACCUCAGCCUGUCUGCUGAUGAGACGGGCCUGUGGGAUACCGAGUGUGAGGACCCUUUUGAGAUAACCCGUCCUGGUCGUCUUAGGCCUGCUGAAGCUGGGUUAGGGGGUCCCGUUGGUCGCCGAGGAUUUGGAAAUUGUGACAGGGGCGCAGGAUAGACAAAAGACCAGUUCGGGCUCAGACACGGACACCUUUAGCUUCCUUUUGGCUGAGAGGAUUUGCUCUCCGACAUCCGCGGAGCCUGGAGCGACCCCGCUGCCGCCUGCCCUCAGCCCCGGGCCUUCCUGGACCUCCACGGUUUUCUGCUGGGACCGAGUGGAGGAGCUGGGGAGGCCCCGGGCAGUCCGGACACAGAGCAGGCACUGUCCGCCCUCUCUGACCUUCCUGAAAGCCAGACCACCAAGUCCAGGGUGCCGGAGCAGCCGCCGUCCCCCAAUGGCCUCCUCGCCUCGGAGGCGCCCAGCUUACCUCCGGCCCAGUCGCCAGCCGCAGACUCGCCUUCUUCCACAGCCUUCCCAUUUUCCGAGGCCGGGCCGGAGGAGGACGCAGUCCCAGCCUCAGUGAGAGAAGCUGAGGACACGGAUGAAGAAGCAGAGGAGGAUGCUUUUGAGGAUGCUCCCCGAGGCUCUCCAGGGGAUGAGUGGGGCACAGAGGUGGGAGACGUCACGCAGAGACUGGAUGAAGAACUGGGGGAGCAGACGCAGGACCCAGUGUCCCCCGAGCAGCCGCCUCCCUGCCUGGCAGCCCAGCCCGCCGCUGCCUCAAGCCUCAUUACCCCCUGCUACAUCAAGACCACCACCCGUCAGCUCAACUCACCCAAUCACGCCAGGUCUCAGUCCCCCAGUCAGAGCCCCAGGAUUAAGAGGCGACUGGAGCCCUCCUUGAGUCGGGACCCCAGAACCGCCCUGGUCUCAGCAGUCGCCCCAGCCAAGAAGCACAGUACCGAAGAUAGCCUCGCCGGGGUCCUCCAGCUGUUCAGCCUACUGGACCUAGGAACUGGGUGCUGGCGUUCCGGGGGCGGGAGGCUCAGCAAACCUGCUGGAGCACCGCGCAGCUGCAAACAGUAACUGUGGCCUGUCCCCGGCUCUGGCAGCCAAGGUGUCUGGAGUGCCUGGGACUGCGGAUGGCUUCCAGAACGUGUUCACAGAUUCACUGAAAAGGAAUGUCUGCGCAGCGGCAGCCGCCUCCAGGCCCCGCGCCGCCUCCGGAGUCCAUGGCCAGGAGGCGCUGGGUACUCAGGGCGCUGCUCCGGGGCUGCGGCUGUAACUGCAGCAGCUGCCGGCGCAUCGGCGCCGCCUGUUUGCCAUUUUAUUCCGCCCCUGUCUUCCCCUCGGGCGUUUCAGGCCGCCGCCGCUUGCUCCUGUUACUCGGGGCCGCUGCGGCCGCCGCCUCCCGGACGCGGGGCCUCCAGAUCCGGCCUGCGCCCGCCGGGAGGCUGGCGGGCCCUCCCCCUGCGGCCACCUCCGCGGCGGCCGCGGCUGCCACGGCCGCGGCGGCCACCUCCUACCCGGCUCUGCGCGCUCCUCUGCUGCCGCAGUCGCUGGCGGCGGCCGCGGGCUCCGCGCGGGGCUACAGCCAGGGGUCCAAAACUACCUACCUGGAGGACCUUCCACAACUCCCUGAGUAUGAAUUGGCCCCAUCCAAGUUAGGAGAGGAAGUGGAUGAUGUUUAUCUCAUUCGAGCUCAAGGAUUGCCGUGGUCGUGCACGGUGGAAGAUGUGCUUAACUUUUUCGCAGACUGCAGAAUCCGCAAUAGUGAGAAUGGAAUACAUUUCCUUUUAAAUAGAGUUGGGAAACGAAGGGCUGAUGCCUUAAUUGAAAUGGAGUCAGAGCAGGAUGUGCAGAAAGCCUUAGAAAAGCACCGCAUGUACAUGGGUCAGCGAUAUGUGGAUAUAUAUGAGAUAAAUAAUGAAGAUGUGGAUGCCUUAAUGAAGAGCCUGCAGGUCAAGUCUUCACCUGUGGUGAAUGAUGGUGUGGUUCGUUUAAGAGGACUUCCUUAUAGUUGCAAUGAGAAAGACUCCGUAGACUUCUUUGCAGGACUGAAUAUAGUGGACAUUACUUUUCCGAUGGACUAUCGAGGGAGAAGAAAAACAGGGCAAGCAUAUGUGCAGUUUGAAGAACCUGAAAUGGUCAACCAAGCCCUGUUGAAACACAGGGAAGAAAUUGGUAACCGGUAUAUAGAGAUAUUUCCAAGCAGAAGGAAUGAAGUUCGAGCCCAUGUUGGCUCUCAUAAGGGAAAGAAAAUGAAAAUGGUAUCUUCGCCUACUGCUAAGUAUAUAACUGAACCAGAAGUGGUCUUUGAAGAACAUGAAGUAAAUGAGGACAUUCGACCCAUGACAGGUUUUGAAAGUGAGGAGAUAGAACUGCCUAAGGAGAUCUCAGAAAAGCUUCCAGAGGCUGUUGAUUUUGGAACUAUGCCUUCAUUGCAUUUUGUCCACAUGAGAGGAUUACCUUUUCAAGCUAAUGCCCAGGACAUUAUAAAUUUUUUUGCUCCACUGAAGCCUGUGAGAAUCACCAUGGAAUACAGUUCCAGUGGAAAGGCUACUGGAGAAGCUGAUGUACACUUUGAUACCCAUGAGGAUGCUGUUGCAGCUAUGCUCAAGGAUCGGUCCCAUAUUCACCAUAGGUGUAUUGAACUGUUCCUGAAUUCAUGUCCAAAAGGAAAAUAAGACUUCCAGGGACUCCUGAUAGUAAGGAUGAAGCAAGAAGCAUUUCAUUUGCACAUCUUUCUUGGACAUGGGCUAUAAAGUUCCUGUUUAUUGGCAGCAACUGCUAGAGAAAGGAUUUUGGGGUUUGGGGUUAAUUGCUUUAAAGAAAAAUUCAUAGUGAACUGUUGAGAAGGAGAGAGAAUCAGUUUGGUAUUAUGAAAUAAACCACAAAUCUUAAAUUUUUGUUUAAACCAUUCAAGAUCUGAUUAAGAAAAUCUGAUUAGUUCCUUAUUUUAUAUAAUUAAGCAGUUUGUUUUUAUAGAGGAUAUGUUACCCAUUGUAAAGACUACAUAUUUUUAUUCAAUACUAUCUUUAAAAUCUUUUUCUCAUUUAAAAAAUAAUCUGUUUAAGGUUUCGAUUUUGCCUAUGAAUGAGAGCUCUGAUGUAAAGCAUCUUAUGGAUGAAAUAAUGUUUUAUUGUAACCAAACACCAAAGCAAGGAAAGGGUUCAGACCUUUAACCAGUAUGGUGUGGCAGAAUAGUUUUAAUUUUAGCUAUAUUUGAUUACUUAGGGGUAGCAGUUAAAAUAAAUACUGCAGGUUAGUGAGAAACGACAAGUGGCAGUUUUAUAUCUUUAGAAAUGUUUUGCCUUUCUAAACCUUGUGGUUAAAGGCAUUUAAUAUUGGUGCCUGUCUGUUUAAGGGGAAGUCUAGUCUCAACUUAAAAGUUGACUCCCCCCCUCCCCCCCACUUUUUUUGGUUUUGGGUAAGCUUAAGGGUGUUUGUUAGUCUUGAAACUGUAAAGUGAUAUGUCACCAUAGUCCAGACUGGUAAGGACAUUAAUGGCUUCACUUGACAGGAAAAAGAUCUAAGUCUCCUCAUUUGCUUUCUAAGACAGGAAAAAAAUCUAAGUCUCCUCAUUUUCUUUUUCAGUGCAGUAGCACAUCCUGUAUUUUAGAACAAGUAGGGGUGCCUUGCUUUAAAUAAAAAUAGCAUUUACUGUAUAAUUGUGUGAAGGGUUUAUGGAUAAAGCUACUUCUGCCACAUUGUGGCAGUACCUUCUGCUUUAAUAUUAACUUGUUAUUUAAAUAUUGGACAAAUGGCUGGCUUCAAAAUGUAGUCAUUAAUAAACUAACUUUAUGUGCACCUGUGUAGAGAAUCAAAGUUCUAUAUACUUUCUUUGCCUUGUUCCUGUUCUCAGGGUGACAGCUGCCACCAGGAGAUGCAGUUCUAGUUCUUAAAAUUGA